GCCGCGCUGACAGAGUCAUGCUGUGCUCCGCGCGCUGCUCCUGCUUCCUCUGCCGCGAGCUGCAGUCCUGCCGCGCCGCCGACGCGCGGAAGCCGCCCGCCAAAAUGUGCGACAACUUCAUUCUCAAGAAGGCAGAAGCAUGGGAACCCAUGAAGUUCAUCCGAGGAGCCGCCAGGCUCUCAGUGCGCCACUGGCAGAGCCGAGAACCGCUCGCUCCACCCAAACCACGCGUACCCCCUCACAAAUCCACCAGCUGUGAACAACUAUACCCCCAACCCAAGGAAGACGUCGGGUACGCCAUGCGUAAAGCCCCCAGCACCGAUCGAGUCAAACAAACCGAACACAAAUCCGUUUUCAAAAUCCUCGGCAAUUCCCGCUCAAAAAAAUCAGAUGUCCCUGAUUCUAAUGUGCGGCGAAGUGUCCUUAAUUUCAGGAAAAAUGAAACGCCAAGUUCAAAAAAUAUUCACGAGAAAUACAUUCCGUUACCACGAGCGACCUCACCCGCGGAACAUAUCUACAGUGAACCCAAACCCUGGAAUUCACAGUACGAUGAUUGCUGUCGACCACCCAUAUACCAAAGCGUUGAAAAGAAGAUUGCAGCCAAAGAAACUGGAGGUGAUAAAAAGAUGUACAGCAAUCGUCCACCUUGCUACGAUGAGCUAGCGGAAAGACUUUCCCACGAAAGGACUAGAAAAGUGAACAUCCCUCUCGCAGAAGGAGGUUUAGCUAAUAAGAUUACACAGAACAAUAAUAAAGUGGUUAUUUAUUUCGGUGACUCUAUAAUCAGGAAACACAGUGAGCAAAAGAAAGAGGAAAACAAACAGAAGGAAAUUACGCCUCCGAAAGAGGAAGCUAUUUAUGUUAAUCAUCAGUUGAUUGAAUCUGAGAACUUGGGGCCUGAUAAGGAUGUCGAUAAAGGUGGUGGAACGCAGCUAGUGUCUGAAGUAGAAGUCCCGGAAGCUGUUUAUGCUGAAAUCAAAACUGCAGAAGCCAAAGAAGAACUAGAACCGACCCCCUUUAGUGACGCGACUUACAAAAAAGACAUUUUCGAAUCUGUGAGCUCUGAUGGAUUUCUGGUUGUUGAGUUUGAAGGUAAUUUCGAAAGAGCUCGCCAAUUAGUCGAGUUAGUGCACGGCGGUGGUCGAGCUGAACAGAACGAGGCUACAGUAUUGGAUGAGGAUGAUUUAUGUGACUGGAGUUUCAUCCAAGACUGGAGAAAACGGCCAUCCAGUGGCUGUCGCCCAUCGGAGGAGGCGGUGUGGUGCGGAGCGGGCGCGGGCGUGUCGGGCGCGCGCGCGCUGCGCGUGCGCGUGGCGGGCGCGGCGGCCGCGCACGCGCGCCGCCUGUCGCCGCCGCCGCACGCGCACCGCGCCACCACGCCGCCGCCGCCCACUGAACCGCCUAAUAAACGUAGCGUCAACAGUUGUUCUGCCGGGUCUGAAGCCAACCUUUUGCAAUCUGCCUCUUCCAUCCAAAUUCAACCACCCACGUCCCCCGACAACCCAAGCGCGGCGCAGCUGAAGCCAGUCAGUGCGGUGUCGCAGAUCACCGUAGCCAGCGCGCCCGUGCGGAGCGCUCCCGUACAGAGCAGCUUUGCGUUGGAGAGACGGGCGAAGCAUGAGCAUCGACCUGUUGAAACUGCGCCUGUGCAGAAUGGUGUACGAGAAUGCAACAGCAGUUCCGACGAGAAUCGAUCGUCGGGCCACGCGUCGAUGUCAGACAGCGGUGGUGGCGAGGCAGGCCGCGAUGAACCACGACGAAACCGGCAGCCGCCGCAUGCUAGAACCAAGCAUCGACCACAUAAUAAGUUACAGUCCCCCUGGCCGGGUGGAGGUGGCCUGGAAGACAUCAGGUCAGCCAUCAAGCAGUUGACCCUUCGUUCCAGAGACAGCAGUAGCACGGCUACCAGUGGCGCCUCCAGCGCUGGUGGCGGUAGUAAUAAUGGAGCACCAGAGAGUGGCAGCGCAGCGGAGGCGCGUCGGCGGCGGGCGCCGCUGGUGCGCCAGCCCUCCCUCGAUACGGUGUGCACUAACGUGACGAGUGCGGACGAAUUCGUGUGGGUUGAUUCACAUAAUAGGCUAGUGGAGCUUCGCUACGUGCCGUGGACGGCUGGCGAGGUGACCCGCGCGCUGCAAAGCGGACGCUGCCGGGAGCUGGCCGCGAGGAUGGCGCCUGAUGCCCCACCCAGACUCGCAUACUUACUGCAACGGGCGUUGGUCCGGAUAGCGCGCGAAGCUCAGCGUCUGUCGCAGAACUUCGGCUUCUGCUCCAAGCACGAGGUGGCUGGCGCGCUCCGGAUCGUGCUCAGCACUCCGCUGGCAGACUCCUGCAUCAAGGGUUGUCAAAGAGCUGCCACGAUGUAUGCGACGUCGGGCAGCGCGGCCAGGCGGCUGGGCUCAGCAGCGCGAGCUCGCACGAGCCUGGCACCCGGCAGGUUCCAAAGAUGGAUGCUCGAUGUUCGCGUAGCGUCCUUUGUUCACGAAUACGCAGCAAUCUACCUCUGCGCUGGCAUGGAGACACUGCUAGAAGAAAUAGCCUUGAUAGCUGCAGGCACUGCGGUUACGUCGCCCAUAACGCCAGCAACCAUCGACCAUGCUGUCGCUAACUGUGCUGAUCUAUGGGGAUUACUUCAGCCGUAUAGUCAUUUGAACGCUGGACGUGUUGCGUCAGGAGCCCUGUCGCUUUCACGAUGGGAAUCCAUGAGUUCAUUGGGAUCUGGAUCAUCCACUGGAGCGCCGCGACCCGAGAACCGGGCACUAGGACUGAGCCAUGAUUCUGGAAUCACCACAAAUGGUUCUGGAGGGUCAGGAACGUCAGCAGGGUCUAACAACAGUGGAGGAUCCGGUACGUCAGUGCUGCUGACCACCUGCGCGGGGUCCGCUGCGGAGCUCCGCGCGGUGCUGCGGCAGGUCAACCCGCGACACCCGCCGCUGUCGCCCGCUGCCGAGCGCGCUUUGUACUACUUCAUGCGGUGUUCACAGUUAGAGCACACCUCAAGCGGCGCAUCUGGCACAGGCUGUGGAGCGGCCGCAAACGGUGGAGCCGGGCUAUGGGGCGAGAGGGGCGCGGGUGCUCUGCCCCCGCUCGGGGAAUGGGUGCGAGUUGCGAGAGCACACGCGGCGUUGCGGCCCCCGCCCGCCGUGCCGGACGCCGACGACAUACUGCAGUCUGCGAGACUGCUGCUACCUCACGCGGAUUGCCCGCCUAGGCCUGUGACGUUAGAAGAAGCGAUAGAACCUGCGUGGUCCCGUUGCCAACGGACCGCAGACGAGCUGAGCCGGGCAGCAUUAGGGCUGGCUCAGCGAGCGUUACUCAGUGGAAGACCAGAAUUAGUUGGCGGAGUCAGGACGUUACUACCGCCUGCUGGUAUCGAUGCUACCGAUGCCUCUGGACUCACUGCGCUGAUGAAGGCAUCCUUGGCCGGUGAUGAACAAGUUGUUGCUAUGCUAAUAGAAGCUGGAGCAGAUCCUAACAUCGAGACAGCGGGUGCAGCAGCUCAGCACUGUGCGCUGCUGUCGCCACGGUCACCCAGCCAUCCGCCGCAUUCCCCCACCACGCCCCAUACCCCUACACCCGGAUAUACGCCACCCACUGCUGGUUGGACAGCGCUGGUGUACGCGUGCAGCGGGGCUGGCGCGGCGGGCGCGGGUGCCGUGGAAGUGGCGCGGCGCCUGCUGUCUGCUGGCGCGAGGGUCGACGGCGCGCCUGCCAGGGGCGACGACGUUUGCACUCUCACUCCUUUGCAGGUGGCGUGUGGCGUUGGCAACUUGGAGCUCGUUCAGUUGCUGCUGUCGCAUGGUGCUGAUCCUUUCCUAUCGACGCAACUAAACGACGCCUUGUGCUACUCUGCUGCGGCGCAAUACGGCUGCUAUAGCGCGGUAGCAGUAUGCUGUACCCACGGUCGAAGAGCAUGCCUUCGAGCGGCAGUGAGAGGGGGAGCGCGUGGUGCGGGGGGAGGGGCAGUUCUCUCGCUGGAGGAAGUGUUAGCAGAGGGAGCACCACCGGCUUCCGGCAGACCUCCCCCGUUCACCAAACAACAGCAACGGGCGUUGCAAGACGCUAUGUAUUACGCUGCGGAGACUGAUCACUUAGACAUAACCCUCGAGCUCCGUGCGCUGGGAGUGCCGUGGUCUCUCCACGCGUGGACGCUGUCGCUUGCCGCAGCCGCAGAAUCCUCUCUCGACCACGUCAUAGAUCAACUAUUACAAGAUUUCUUGCAGGUGUGUCCGUCGGAUGACAGUCACUACAGCAAGCAGUUCAUAUACGAGUGCCUCCCACUGCUUUUCAAUAUUUUACGAUACAGCAAGAAGGAGGGCACCGUGCUUCUACUAGCGGACAUCCUGUGCGCGUGCUACGGCUGGGAGCCGGUGCCCGGCGUGCUGGAGCCGCCCCCCGCCGCGCCCACGCCGGCCCGCGUCGACCCUUCUUAUGUCAACAACCCCUCGCUCGCUGAUGUCACUUUUAGAGUGGAAGGUCGUCUGUUCUACGGGCACAAGAUCGUGCUCGUGUCGGAGUCGUCGCGGCUGCGUGCCAUGCUGGCCCCGCCGCGCGCGUCGCCCGACGCCCCGCCCAGCAGCGCGCCGCCGCUUGUGCAGAUCAACGACAUACGAUAUCACAUAUUUGAGCAAGUAAUGAAAUACCUGUACUCUGGAGGCUGUUCCGGGCUGGACAUCCCGGAGACGGACGUGCUGGAAGUCCUCGCUGCGGCAUCCUUCUUCCAGCUGCUGCCUCUCCAGAGACACUGUGAGGCGCGCGCUGCCAAAUCUGUGGACCUGCAUAAUUUGGUCUCAGUCUACAUACAUGCCAAGGUCUAUGGCGCAACUCAACUCCUGGAAUACUGCCAAGGGUUCCUCCUCCAGAACAUGGUGGCGUUACUGACUUACGACGACUCCGUGAAACGGUUGCUCUUCGGAAAACGGCUGCCUGGACACAACGUGCUGGGCGCGCUACUAACCACGUUACAGAAACGGAUUGAAUCCAGAAAAAACCAGGCCAAGAGUAGGUAGCAGGAAGGAAGAAAAAAGUUACACAGAAAUCUUGUUUAAAUACACAACGAAAUUUUAGUAGAUGUAGAGUUAUGGAUAUGUGAAUCGCUUUAAGCAGUACUAUCGACUACACUUGUUUCUUUUGAACAACUUUUUUGGAUUUGGGAAAAUUUUGACACAAACUCGAAUCUGUGAGAAACAUUAGUAGGGGGCGGCGAGUGAGCGCCACAUGACAACUGCGCUAUUCUGAUACAGAGGGACCCAACAGGAUAGGUACUACUAUUGGUUCGCGAAUUUUUCCAAACAAUAAUAUUCUUGAUUCAAUUUUUUCAAAGACUAGGGUCAAUAUAAAUGGUCGAAAUGAAUAAGUGGUACUUGAACUACAUAAGGCUCAAAAACCACUAAAAUUUCACCGUGUAUAUAGA